GGAAGCGGGGAGGAAGAAGGGGGGGCGAGUAGAAAGAGAGGGGGAGGCAGAGGCUGCAGAGACCUGAGACAGGGAAGGAAGAGACUGACAGUCACGUGACGGCAGGAUAUAUGAAGGUGAAGUUCGAAAUAAAUUACACAGGCGGCUGUCAAGAUGGAAGCCUGGAGCAAGUUGGUGAAGGAAAAGAAUGAUACUGGCCGAAGCAGAUCUGUUAAUCUGAUGUUGGACCAGCCGAUGUUGCCUAGAGAUCUGCAAUGUUUUUGGUGAAGUGUGGAGAACCGACGUGUAGCCUUAUCUAUUGAGAGUGUUUGGUCGCUGUAAGACCGCGCCUUUCCGCUUUUAAUUUUGCAAGACCGCUUGUUCAGAGGGUCCGGGAACUAAGCUGGGACCCCCCAGGGGAAUGCCGCGCAAGGUUCGCGUGGCGGCCUGGGGGGCGGCCCUCUUUAUCUCAUGGAAUGCCAUUCUCCUCCUCUACCUCAUGAGCCGACCAAAGGGUCCCGAUGCCGCGGACCUCACAGCGCACGUCAUCCGACUGGCAGAAGAAGCCGAAACAGAGUUGGAGAAGCAGAAGGGACUUCUUCAACAAAUCCACCACUACAGUGGUCUUCUCAAACGUCUCCCGGCUCGUCCAGAUGCUGCAGGUGGUCUCGAAUUACCCCAGAGACUUGCUAACGUUUCCAUUCCUUCGCCAACGCCUUUGGCCUCUGACCCGGAAGCGGUGGUCAUUCCCAUCCUCGUGGUAGCAUGCGAUCGUCCUUCCGUCAGAAAGUGUUUGGACUCUCUGCUUAAAUAUCGCCCCUCCGCGGAGCAGUUCCCCAUCAUCGUUAGCCAAGAUUGUGGCCAUGCUGAGACGGCCAGGAUCAUUGACUCGUAUGGAGACGCCAUCACUCAUAUCAAUCAGCCGGACCUGUCUGAGGUGCCUGCCCCGCUAGAACAUAGGAAGUUUCAAGGCUACUACAAGAUUUCCAGGCACUAUCGAUGGGCACUUAACCAGGUCUUCAGAGUGUUGGGUUACAAGGCGGCCAUUGUAGUAGAAGACGAUUUGGAAGUAGCUCCAGACUUCUAUGAAUACUUCUCAGCCACCCAUUCCCUCCUCCGCAAGGACCCCACGUUGUGGUGCGUCUCUGCCUGGAAUGACAACGGCAAGGAGAACUUGGUGGAGCCCAAGGGCAAUUCCAUUCUUCAUCGUUCUGACUUCUUCCCAGGGCUUGGCUGGCUGCUGCUUCAGGAACUUUGGGAGGAACUGGAGCCAAAGUGGCCAGCUGCCUUCUGGGAUGACUGGGUGAGGCGCCCAGAGCAGAGACUUGGGAGGGCAUGCCUGAGACCAGAGUUGCCUCGCACUCGAACAUUUGGAAGGAAGGGGGUUAGCCAGGGCCAGUUUUUUGACCAGCAUCUGAGGUUUAUCAAACUGAAUCAGGACCCAGUAUCCUUCACUAAGAUGGAUCUUUCAUAUCUUCUAAAAGACAAAUAUGAUCCCUGGUUUCUGGGAGAAGUUUAUGAAGCGCCCAAAGCCCGUGCAGAAGAGGUGCUUCAAGGGAAAGUGCCCGGAGGAAGGACGGUGAGGGUCGAAUACUCAACCAGAGACACUUUUAAGGCCAUGGCCAGGUCCUUUGGUGUUAUGGAUGACCUGAAGUCUGGUGUGGCUCGAGUUGCCUAUAAGGGCGUUGUAACUUUUACACAUAGGGGGAGAAGGGUGUUUUUAGCUCCCCCUAAAGACUGGGCAGGCUAUGACCCAUCAUGGAGUUAAGGUGAGCUAUUGUUCCUCCGGAUUUAGGGGAGGACAUGUAGCAGAUAAGGAAAUUUUCUCUGUGAGAGGUUCAGAGGGUCCAAUAUGUUUAGGUGCUAUCUAAUGCCAGGUCUCUGCAAAAAUUUACGCGUUCUAGGUUCCAAGGGACCAGGUUGGAGGUCAGAAGCCACUGACUUUGGCGCAACAUGAGGAUUGUCAGAAACCACUUUGGAGUUGCUGGGAGAUGACCAGGAGCCUUUGAACCUCAAGAACUGUGUGGUAUGAUAGAGCUACACCUACGCACUCAGGAAGAGAUCAUCUCAGCCAACUAUGUUUCACGGCACGGGGGAAGCAAGUCUCUUCCCCUUUUAUUAAUUCACCUCAAUAAAGUGACCUUUAUAGCCAAA